AUGGAGGACGGGCGGGAGAAGCUGAAGCUGCUCACCUACGAGGAGGAGGCGCUGCGGCGUCACAACAUGCGGCCGCUCUCCAGGCACUACUUUGCACUGCCCACUAAUCCUGGUGAGCAGUUCUUCAUGUUUUGUACACUUGCUGCUUGGCUGAUCACUAAAGCAGGACAUCACUUCGAACAGCCACAAGAAUAUGAUGAUCCCAAUGCAAUAAUAUCAAAAAUACUCUCAGAACUGCGAUCAUUUGGAAGGCCUGUGGAUUUUCCUCCCUCAAAAUUAAAGGCAGGUUAUGGAGAACAAGCAUGCUAUGUUCUUGACUGUUUAGCUGAAGAAGCCUUGAAAUACACUGGCUUUAGCUGGAAAAGACCAGUAUAUCCUACAGAAGAGCUAGAAGAAGAAGAAAUAAUAGAAGAUGAUGCAGAACUAACCCUUAAUAAACUGGAAGAGGAAGUCGCGGAAGAAGAGUCAGACAAUGAAGAAAACUUCAUCGAUCUGAAUGUUCUAAAGGCACAGACUUACAAGUCGGACAUAAGUUACUCUGUAAAGCAAGAAGAGAUUUUAGAAUCCACGACAGAUGCAGCAGAGUGGAAUCUGGAAGUGGAACGUGUACUUCCACAGCUGAAAGUUACGGUCAGGACUGACAAUAAGGACUGGAGGAUCCAUGUAGAUCAAAUGCAUCAGCAUAAGGAUGGAAUUGAAUCUGCUUUGAAAGAAACUAGGGGUUACCUUGACAAACUUCAUAAUGAAAUCAGCAGAACACUGGAAAAGAUCAACAGCAGGGAAAAGUACAUCAACAAUCAGUUGGAGCAUUUGGUUCAAGAAUACCGUUCAGCACAAGCCUUGUUGAGUGAGGCUAGAGAGAAGUACCAGGAGGGAAGUGGAGGAGUAACUGAAAGAAUUAAAGUGCUUUCGGAGAUUACAGAAGAAUUAGAGAGAGUAAAGCAGGAAAUGGAAGAGAAAGGAAGCAGCAUGACUGAUGGUGCUCCUCUAGUGAAGAUUAAACAAGCCUUAACAAAACUGAAGCAAGAAACUGUUCAGUUGGACAUACGAAUUGGUGUAAUGGAACACACCUUACUCCAAUCAAAGCUAAAAGAGAAAUCAAAUAUGACUAGAGAUAUGCAUGCAACAGUGAUUCCAGAAACCACAGUAGGUGCCUAUUGAAAUUGUUUGGAACUGACUUGGUUUGCCCAAAGUACAAUUUUCUGUUAUUUACUUUUAUGUUAUUUUGGAGUUUUUCCUUUUGUCUUUCUAUUUCGGAUGGGUUUUUGGGGGGUUCGUUAGUUGGUUUUUUGUUUGUUUUUUAACAAGGUGCUUGUUGUGCACUUUUAAGUAACAUUAUGCACACUUUGCAAUCAACAUAGGCCUAUGUUUAGUUUUUUGCCUUAAAGAUUUACUGCAGAUCUCUUGCAAAUGUACUAAUAAAUUCUUAUGAAUGAGCGUGUCUACUUCAUUGUAGAAUGCUAAGUAGUGUGGAAGUGUAUAGAACUUUAUUGACACAGCCCGUAAUCUUUAAACCUGAUUAGAUAUGCUACAGUGCUGAAAGAAUAUUGCUUGCAGAUGAACUGAAAGGAAUUUAAAAUGUCUAUUAUUGCCGUUUACAUAUAUUUAAAGCAUUUAAUUGCUGAUAUUGAAAUAAUACAGCAUUACCCUUUCUAAAAGCCUAGGUCAAAUUUCAUUUCAGCUGCAAGUCAGAAUAAACCGUUGCUCCACUUUAAGUUUAUGAACUGAGCAUAGUAUUCUAAGGCGUUGAUUUCAAGUCACUGGGCCCCACUGAAAAUCAAACUGUGGUUGAAAGGCAAUCACUGGUUAGCAUCGUGACUCCAGGAAGGUCUUUAUGGGUAUGAUAGUGAAGAUGAACGUGAUUUAAUGUUUACUACAUCUGACAUUCACAUGAAAAAUGGGCUCUCUUCCCAGCCCUGCAUGACUUUAGUUUACUCAUGGACUGGCUCUUUUCCUUAGCCCUGUGGUGGGUGGAUAUGCAGUGUUUCAGAGAAAUAUCAGUAGAACUGCUUUUGACUGAAAUUUUGAGUAUUUAUACUUCACAAUUAGAAUGAGGCAGGAAGGGUUCUGCAUGUUUCACUAUUGGAUAUAUGUUCCUGACAUACAGCUCGUCGGUACCAUGGGUAGCAAGUUUCUUAACUUUGUCAUUCAGUAUUUCGUUUGCAAAAAAACAAAACACCCCAAAACUAAAACAAGCCCCCCACCAGAAUUUAAUAAGUGAAAAGCUAUAUGUAAAUGCUGACUAUUAUAAUUUACCUGUGCAAACAGCUGCCAAAAAUCUCUGAAUCACACUGGAAAUCAGUUUCCAACCUCUUUUGCUGCCUACCUAUAUCCUCCCACAUCCAGCUUAAAUUAGAAAAGUUAUUCAUGUUCCUUUUGUAAGGUGGUGUUGCUACUGCGUAUUUACUUUAACAGUAGAUUUAUUUCAACUUAGGAUAAAGCAAUCCCUUCUGCAUUGCCUGCAAAGCACAUAGGUGCUUUUAGAUUGCAAAUGUUGUGUUGUAUAAAUGCCAUUUAUGUAAAUUCUUUCCUCCAAAAACUGCUCCUUUGUGCUAAUACAACAACUAAAAUUAAUAAAAACCUUCUCUUAUGUGAA